UCAUCGCUCUGAUCUAAGUUCGUUGCUGCUUCUAGUGGAGCAAUUAGUUUGAUCGAAACAUUCAACCUAGCAGGAUGUGGAAAAGAGCCAUCUUGAUAUUAAAUAUAACGUCGGCCGUUUGGUCAGGCGUUCCACUCAUUCGACCGAAUUCGUCCAUAGCUCCUAGACAGGAAGUUCCAGUUUCGGGAUAUCGACUACCGAACACAACCAGUCCUCUCCGAUACGAUAUCGAGCUGACGACGCACGUUCAUGACCACGGAAGCACGAAUCAGUUUGAUUUUGAAGGAAAGGUUACCAUUUUGCUGCGUGUUGACGAGACAAAUGUACAAAAUAUCACACUUCACCACCGCCAAAUCACGGUGACCCAUGUGAAGCUUACUGAUUCCGUCAAUACGGUGAUCGUGAACGACGAUUCCAGCUUCACCACAGAUGGAACUUUUGAAUUUCUGAUCAUUCAAGCCCCAUCGGUACUCGGCAUUGGAAACUACUCGCUGGAAAUUGAAUAUCGAGGCACACUUCGUAGUGAUAAUGGCGGUUUCUACCGGUCUUCCUACACAGAUGCCAGCGGAAGCACACGCUGGAUUGCGACGACACAGUUUGAGUCGACGGAUGCCAGGCACGCAUUCCCGUGCUACGACGAACCAGGCACUCGAGCUCCAAUAGGACUAAAAUUGACGCAUGGAAACACUUACCAUGCCAUCUCGAACAUGCCCAUUAAGAAUACAAACGCUAAGAAUGAAAACUACACCACUACCGAGUUCGAGGACACACCAUCGAUGCAGACAUACCUACUUGCAUUUGUAGUUUCCGAUUUCGAGUACAAAUCGGACAACGAAAACAAUCAAUCCGUUUAUGCUAAGCCCAGCUCGAUCCGAAAUGGAGACCUUGAUUUCGCGUUGGAAGCAGGGGUCAAAAUAAUUAAAGCCUUGCAAGAUUAUUUACAGGUCAACUACUCCUUACCGAAGCUCGACCAGAUUGGCAUUCCGGAUUUUGCCGCUGGAGCUAUGGAAAACUGGGGUCUGGUAACCUACCGCGAAGAAAUCCUUAACUACAACUCGACCAACUCCCCGAUGUCUCAACUGAAGCGUACGGCCUCUAUCAUUGCUCACGAAUAUGGGCAUCAGUAUUUCGGAAAUCUGGUGUCCCCCAAAUGGUGGAAUUAUCUCUGGCUGAAUGAAGGCUUCGCCACCAUGCUGCAAUUCCUUGCCGCUCACAUCGCCUAUCCGGAGCUGCGCAUCCAAGACAUGGCCACCGUAGAAGCUCUGCAAAACGCCUUCCAGUCAGAUGCACUCGAAAGUACUCGUCCAAUGAACAGCUAUGUGGAAACACCGUCCGCUAUUUCGGCGUUGUUUGAUGAUAUCGCCUACGACAAAUCUGGGUCCGUUUUGCGGCAGUUGCAGCACGCAUUUGGUGAUUCAACAUUCCGUGCUGGACUGAAAUAUUAUUUGGAUGACAUGCAAUUCAAAUCGGCUACUCCAGACGACUUGGCAGCUGGAUUGCAAAAAGCUGUCACGGAGAAGAGCGACGUUCCGAACUCGAUCAAUGUCUCGAGCAUCAUCAGUUCGUGGGCAGAUCAGAACGGAUUUCCAGUGUUGCACGUAACUCGUGGAGCAAACAACGUCAUUACACUUCGUCAGGAAAGGUACCUUCUGAAGCCCACGAAAGAUGCCGCCAACGCCACUUGGCUUCUGCCGUACAAUUUCGCCACCUUCCAGGCACCUGAUUUCAACUCCACCCUGCCCUUUGAUUGGCUUAUCGGAGAGACGACUGAAUUGCACCCUUUGCCUUCGUUGAAUUGGGACAACGAUGAUUGGGUGAUUUUCAACAAGCAGCAAACCGGUUUCUAUCGUGUGAACUACGAUGAUAGACUAUGGCAACUAAUUACCCACGAGCUCUGCCAUGGCGACCACAACACAAUUCACCAUCUUAACCGUGCUCAGUUGAUCGAUGAUUCGCUGAAUCUGGCGCGUUCGGGACACGUCGAAUACGAAGUUGCCCUACAACUAAUCCAAUGUCUUACCAAAGAAGUAGAUUACGUCCCGUGGGCGUCUUUGAACAACGGUUUGUCGUACCUCAAUCGAAUGCUGGCCGCAUCCACCAAGUACAACCUGUUCAAACAGUUCGUCUGGGAGUUCGUCGAACCAUCGUUUCACAAAUUCGGCCUCGAAAACAAAGACAACGAGUCCCAUUUUACCAAACUGACGCGGAACAUCCUGAUCAGUUGGGCUUGUCAGGUGGGAGCGGAAGAAUGCCUUACGCAGACCAACUCGCUGCUAGCGGAGGUCGUGACAAACAAAACCACGGACGUUGAUCCGAACUUGAAGAGCGUCGUGUACUGCAAUGGACUGCGCAAUGCCGACCGCGACACGUUCCUAUUUGUUUUGGACCGUAUGUACCGUUCGCAAGAUCCCUCCGACCGAGUGUUGCUGAUAAGCGCCCUCGGCUGUUCGGAGAAUCCCGAAUUGUUGCAGCUGUAUUUGGAAUCGUCGCUGGAUGAAUCCGGCGAUGCUAGCUAUCGCGGCCAGGAACGAUCCCGAGUGCUCAGUGCGGUGUACGUGAACGGCAAGGUCGGUCUGGAAACAGCCAUGAAGUUCUUGGACGAAAACUCCGAAGAAAUCGACCGGUUGUAUAACGGAGGAAGCUUCGGGGGUCGGGCAAUCGGCUCCGCUGUAACCGCAAUGGCAAGACGAAUCGUUAACAAGGAGCAAUACGAUGAGUUCACAGCGAUCAACGUUAAAUUGGAAACAGCAGGGUUCUUAAAUGCGGCAGAGCUAGCAACAGCCAAAGAACUGGCAGCCGAGAAUGUCCAGUGGACGAACACAAACUACGGAGUCAUUGAACGGUGGCUACAAGCGAACAUUAAGUCUGGAGCUAUGCGAUUCGAAACUUCGGUUUCAGUUAUGCUGGUAACCAUCACGCUGGCUGUCCGAGCCAUGCUAUUCUAAAUCUCAUAAGCACAGUCGGCAACCAGUUCGUCGAUGUGAUCGAAUAUAAAAGUCUUUGUGACGUGUUUGUAUACUGUUCAUGUUUCUACAAAAUACAAAAUACAGGGAAUUAAAUUACAAAUAAA